AAUUGCCUUUGUGACAAAGUGAGUCCUUUAACUGUUUGCAUGAUCACCCAUUGAUGAAGCCAAACAACUUGUCCGAAAGGGAUGGGAACAUGAAAAGGUGCAACAACCGUGAAUGUCAUCAAUGAAAAAUAAAAAUAGAAGAAAAUGAAAAAGGAAACAGAAAAACAAAGACACACCAAACAAGAGAGAGCCACAGAGACGCACAGAAAGAGAUCUUUGGUUUCAAUAAAUUAGAAGAAGUUGAAGGUUUUGUUAAUCGGAGGGAACCAAAGUGGGGCAGAAACACACGUCGUGUUCAGGCAAAAUCCAUGUGCCCACAUGGAUGAUUGAGAGAGAGAGAGAGAGAGAGAGAGUGAGUGAGAGAGUAAGGGUGAGAGAGUGUUAUAUUUAGGACCUCAACAUCACCACAGGUAUAACAGCAGCAGCACCUGCAGUGGCAGCAUAAGCAUACAGUAGUAGAAGAGGAGAGACACGAGAGACCCACCAAGGAAAUUUUGUUCAAGACCAGAACUUGGUCGUAAAGUUAGCAUCUUUUGAUGAUUUUGAGUGGCUCGAGGUUCAAAGUCCAUAGUGGGGUGUGGUGAAUUUUAUUUUGGAGUGGGGGAGGAAGAGAAGAGGUGAGAGAGAUGAAGAAGAGUGAGAGUGGAGGGUAUGUGAGAGCGGAUCAGAUAGAUCUGAAGAGCUUGGAUGAGCAGCUUCAGAGGCAUCUUAGUAGAGCAUGGACUAUGGAGAAGAACAAGGAGAAGGAGGAAGAGGAGGUUGAAGGAAGGUCCACAAGAAGCAGACAAGAGUGGGAGAUUGACCCCUCUAAGCUUGUCAUCAAGGCUGUCAUUGCCCGUGGCACUUUUGGCACAGUUCAUCGUGGGAUUUAUGACGGACAAGAUGUUGCAGUUAAGCUCCUUGACUGGGGAGAAGAGGGACAUCGAUCAGAUGCUGAAAUAGCUUCUUUGAGAGCGGCGUUUACUCAAGAAGUUGCUGUUUGGCACAAGCUUGACCAUCCUAAUGUAACCAAGUUUAUUGGGGCAACAAUGGGAACAUCAGAGCUACAGUUACAAACAGAAAACGGUCAUAUAGGCAUGCCAAGUAAUGUUUGUUGUGUUGUUGUUGAAUAUUGUCCUGGAGGUGCUCUGAAGACUUAUCUUAUUAAAAACCGAAGAAGGAAGCUGGCUUUUAAAGUGGUUGUUCAACUGGCUCUUGACCUUGCAAGAGGGUCCAAUCUUUUUGCCUUAUCUGUGUCAUAUAAGCUCAAGGGAAUAAGCUUUUUUUUCCUAAGCCUGAGAACUCUUUAUUAUUUACUUUACAGGUUGAGCUAUCUCCACACAAAGAAGAUUGUCCACAGAGAUGUUAAAACAGAAAAUAUGCUUCUGGACAAGACACGAACCUUGAAAAUAGCUGAUUUUGGAGUGGCUCGGAUUGAGGCCUCCAAUCCUCAUGACAUGACAGGUGAAACUGGAACCCUUGGUUACAUGGCUCCUGAGGUUCUAAAUGGUAAUCCAUACAAUAGAAAGUGUGACGUGUACAGUUUUGGCAUAUGCUUAUGGGAGAUAUACUGCUGUGACAUGCCAUAUCCGGACCUUAGCUUCUCCGAAGUGACAUCAGCUGUAGUACGGCAGAAUCUGAGGCCGGAGAUUCCAAGAUGUUGCCCUAGCUCUCUGGCAAAUGUGAUGAAAAGAUGCUGGGAUGCUAAUCCUGACAAGAGGCCAGAAAUGGAUGAAGUGGUGUCCAUGUUGGAAGCUAUUGACACUUCAAAGGGUGGAGGUAUGAUCCCUCUUGAUCAGCCUCAGGGUUGUUUAUGUUUUCGCAGCUAUCGAGGACCUUGAAAGAUUUUUCACUGUCAAGGAAAUCGAUUACGGAGGGAUGAUAUACAGCAUUCUGGAAAAUCAGUUUGUAUUUUAUUUCAUUGAAGGAAUAGGGAAGGAAGACUCAGGAUGGAAUGCAUACACAAAAACUGUGAAGGCCAUGGUUAAUGAUGAGCUCUGCAAUUACUUGUUACUUUGUUGGGCUAUAAUUUUUGUAAAGCUAAUUGUGCUCUCUCCUCAUUGCACCCAUUUUUAUAAUAUUUCCUAUGUAAGUUGUACACUUGACAGUAGUAGCAUGGAUUGUUCCAACACUAAUAUCAAAGUCCUAAGGGGUCAUUUGAUGUCCUAUGAGCCUACAAGUGAUCUGUUUUGGGAAGAUCUGCUCAUGUGCAGAAAGACACCUAUAAUAUAUGGAAUAAAUAUACAAUUUGGCUGUAAAA